AAGCACUGCUCUCCCUUUUGGAUUCUGAGUCUUUUGUUUACGUGCAUACCUGUGAAGGAGAGCAGGAGCUGUGUUCUUUUCGUUUAUUUUUUUAAUUAUAGAGAGAGAGGCAGUUGCUCCUAUAGGAACUAUGAAGUGUUUUCACUUCUCUAAUAAAGAGAAAAAUGAAGAACCAAAGACUUGUAACCAAAUCGGUUCUGCCCGAUCCACUUCGUCUACAUCAACGUCGAUGUCAACUGAUCGUGACCUGAGGAAAUCUGGAUCUGGGUUCAAUUCUCAGAAUGUAUCAGAUUUUAGCACAGAAUCGUCCACAAAGAACUCAUUUGCUGCUCUGUCUCAAAGACAGAGCAACCUUAGAGUCUUCACAUUCUUAGAACUGAAGACAGCGACAAAGAAUUUCAGCCGCUCUGUCAUGAUUGGAGAGGGUGGAUUUGGUGGUGUGUACAGGGGAGUAAUCCGAAGCAUGGAAGACUCAAGUAAGAAGAUCGAUAUCGCUGUCAAACAACUGGGCAGAAGAGGGCUCCAGGGGCACAAGGAAUGGGUGACUGAAGUAAAUUUUCUAGGGAUUGCUGAACAUCCAAAUAUUGUCAAAUUAGUGGGCUACUGUGCCGAGGACGAUGAACGGGGAGUCCAGCGCCUUCUGGUGUAUGAAUUUAUGCCCAAUAAAAGUGUGCAGGAUCACUUGUCAAGUAAAUUUCAGAAUGUUCUUCCCUGGGCGACACGAGUAAAAAUUGCCCAGGAUGCUGCCCGAGGCUUAGCAUACCUCCAUGAAGGAAUGGAUUUUCAGAUUAUUUUCAGAGAUGUCAAGUCUUCAAACAUACUACUGGAUGACCAAUGGAAUGCAAAGCUGUCGGACUUUGGGCUGGCCAGAUUGGGACCUUCAGAUGGUUUGAGCCAUGUUUCGACUGCAGUAGUUGGAACAAUCGGAUAUGCAGCUCCUGAAUAUAUUCGAACUGGGCGUCUCACUUCUAAAAGCGAUGUGUGGAGCUUUGGGGUUUUUCUAUACGAACUUAUAACAGGCAGGCGUCCUUUGGAUAGGAACCGCCCAAAGAAUGAACAAAAACUCUUGGAAUGGGUCAGGCCACACCUCACUGGUGCAAGAAAGUUCAGGUUGAUCUUGGACCCAAGGCUUGAUGGGAAAUAUAACAUCAAGACUGCCCAGAAGCUUGCUGCCGUAGCAAAUUGUUGCUUGGUAAGACAAGCAAAAACACGCCCCAAAAUGAGUGAAAUCCUGGAGAUGAUCAACAAGAUUGUUGACACAACAGACAAUGGAAGCCCCUUGCUCCCUAUGAAGAUUUUGGCCCCUAAAGAUGCUCCCGAAAGAUCUAAAAGCAAACGUAUAAAGAUGAGGUUUGUGGAUCCAAUAAUUGGAGAGAGUGGAUGUUGGUCUGCUUGGAGAACUAGGCAAUGAAUCUUGCUUUGAUGAAGCAGCUCAUGUAUGUAGGCCGCCUUUUUGUUAAGUGUAAGUAAACUACUUUGUUCUACCUGCUUUCCUCGAGAUACAAUUGUAAAGGUUGGAUAAAAUAAAUGAGUUAAUUUGUGCACAGAUUUUCGUUUUA